GAUUGAGAAAAGUCUCUUUUUGUUGUUAAUUUUGUUUUGGAAGGACAGAACAAAGGGUUUGUUUGAACAUUGAAGCUAAUUCCCAGAAUUUGUUUCUCUGUUGGGUGAAUAAACAAGAGGAUCGUUAAGCGAAUGAGCAAGAAAAAUGAGGAAUCUCCGCGGGUGAGCGCCUCACCAAACCCGCCUCCAUUGCCAGUGGCUUUCAUAAGUAGCCGGCAAGAGAGAACAUUUGCAGCGAGGAAAUCAGCACUGAGAAAAUACUGCUGCACGCCAACUGCUACAAAGAAUACUUGGGAUUGCCUCUUUGAUGAAGGUUACAGAGCUGACGUUUCCAUUAACACAGAUAACGGUGGCGUCCUCUACGCACAUGCUAGUAUUUUGGGUGUGAAUUCUGCAGUAUUUAAAAGCAUGUUGAGUUUAAAAAAAUCUAGACCACAUGGUCGAUGUGGUCAUCAACGAUCCAUCACCAUAAAUGGGGUUCCACCUGAGGCUGUUCAAGUUUUCAUCAAACCCUCGAGCAUUUUAGCACCCCUGCACGAGUGUUGUGAAAGGCGAGGUGACCCUUCAUCGCCUAUUAGCUUUGAGGCAAGACGAUUUUCAAAAGACGACGCCAUGGCAACAAUGGCGAGAAAGGUACCACUUGUGCAACAGUCCUCACCCGAGCAAUAUUUGCUGAAGGAUGCAAGUCAGUGGCAGCUGCCUGCAGAGAAAUAUCCAUACUUGUUCUCAAAGGGUUCAUUAUUUGGGAGAUUUCGCUAUUUCUUGCCUUGCCUUUGCAUAUCAGUGUUCGCCUUGGUUGUGGCUGUUGGUUCAUUUUGGAUUCUGGUAAAUCUAGCUAUAUGA